AUACAUUGUAUUCAUCUGAAAAAUUUGGAUGCGAUGAGAGUGGUAAUGGAUCAGAAAACAAACCGUUUAAAACUGCUCUGAAAGUAUAUAAUGUUUAAAUUUAAAAUCACCUUUCCGGCCUAUUUUCAGAAUCCGAGUGGUCUUUAUGAUAAUCAUGUUCAAAAUGCUUGCCAGCAGGUGUUAAUUAAUUAAUUUACUUUAUGUAAUCUUACACAGCCCCACACACACUUGAGAUGUUGCUUGACUUUCAGAAAGUGGAAAAAACACUCGCUUGCGGCUCACAUGUCCUGCAAGGAAAACCAUUAGGUAUUCCUUUAUACUGGUCAUUGAGUGUUUUUGUUCUGCAAUUAACCAAUUACCGACUGUUAUAAUCCAUGCUACCUAGCUAAUUCACUAACUGCUGGUAUAGCAAGAAAUAGGUUUCCCCUGCUAGUUGUUCUAAUGCUGUAUUUAUGCAUAUAGACUACGCAUAAACUUCAUCUUUACAGAUUAUCCAUGCCUCGACGGACGAAUUUUUCGACGAAUGAUCUUUUACCCAAGUGCGCAUUUGUCCCUCUCUUGCAGAUUACAAAUUUAUUAAUUUUUCAGGCGAUGAAAUUUUUUGGAAAAGGACCUCUUCCCAAAAUAAUGGUUGACAGUAAAGAGGAAGUCAUGGUAAUUUUCUUUUGAAAUAUUUAUUUCAAUUAUUACUGGAGCGAUUACUUUGGCAUUUUUUUGAAACCAAGAUGGCAGAAUUUGAAGGCCAUCUUUUAGGUAUGCCCUAGGCCCAACACGGAAGUUCACUAAAUUCAGUAAGAAAAAUCGGCAUCAUUUCAUCGUAAUGUUUCAUGAUUUUUCAGUCUACCGUUUGUUUAGUCGGGCUUUACUAUGACCCUGCAGCUAAGAAACUAUACGGCGAGUGGCUUUGUAGAAUAAGUACAUUUUAGAAACACUUCGUCAUAAAUGAGUGAAAACAAGUUCGUGUAAAAAAUUGCGGAGAAACAUCAGCAAACGUUUGUUUUUCUGGAUUACCUGUACGUGAUGCAUUUGAAAAGAAAACAGACUAAUAUUGACUGUAGCUGCAUCAAUCUUGGAGAACUGUAGAUAGGUAGGGAUUCAACCACCUGAAAAAUACCAAGAAAACUUUGACGUUUCGAGCGACAUCACAAGGGCAUGGAUGACGUUAUUCUGCACGGAAAACCAUUUGGUAAUUGUUUCAUAGAAUAACUACAGUGAAGCAACGGUGAACUUUAUUUAAAGUUAACUUUAUUUAAUCGUUAUUUAAGCUGUUAACAUUAUUAUAACUUUAUUAACAUUUUGGUAACUUGUCUCCUGUUUAAUAUACUGUUAACUUCAGGGGCCGAUUGUAUAAAACUCUUAAUCACUUUUUUAAUCACUAUUUUGUAGUUAAAUAGUGAUUACCUCUCAAGUACGCGCUUCUUAUUUGAUGACGUUUCCACUUAAUUAUAGUUAACUUUAAUCACUUUUUUAUACAACCGGCCCCAGACUUUAAAAUGUUUUCGUUGUUAUCGAUUUUAAAAAAGAGAGGUUCAGAUUUGACUUCCACUACCGGGUGAAGUAUACACUGAUCCAGUCCUAGGACUGUAUCAAAAUUAAUUCACCUCACUUUAAGUCGUGAUUUAUUCGUAUGAGAUGUCAUUUCAAAUCCUCCAAUUCGGACUGGAGUAGAUUUCAAGUCCGUGCAUGCAUGUUUCACUGUAAUUAUAUUAUAUAAUACCUUAUACUGUGUUUGCAGAAGUUUGAGGAAAUCUCGGAAGCGCAGCUGACGAAACUAACAAGUAUAUUCCAGCAAGAACAAAGGAAAUCUGAGAAGCGAGAAGAGAAGGAAGUAUGGUUUGCUGAAUUUUUUUGUUUCUUCUUUAAUUCGAAAUUUCUUCGAAAAAUGGCUAGUACCAUGCCAUGAUACUCACAGCAAAAAAUCAUUUUCUUCUUAAAAAAAAACAACUUAUUUUGAGAAAUUGAAAUUUACUAUUCCUCAGGCAUUUUGCAAUUGCUAUAUAUACGGAAUAGCGUAAAUUUCGUCCCCUGAGGAGUACUGAAUAACUACUGAAUUUACGUUUCUUGCAUUUCUCGUAUAGUCUGAGAAGGCAGAAAAACGUGCAAAGAACCGUGAAGAAGCCAAACAGAUCGUUAUUGAAGAAGAUCCUUCGUUGCCCAAUCCGAGAAAGGUCAGUAACGAGUAUAAACUGCAAACAAGUUGUAACAAGGUUGUUGUCAAGCAGAUAUCAGGAUGUGUUCUCACUGCAUGUUCCCAGUUGUUGUGACAAGUCUGGAACAAGUUGUUAUCACCUUACUACAAGGUUGAUGACGGUAACAUGCAGACUUGCUACAUGUUGUUGCAACAACACUAAUACAUGCUGUUCGUAACAAGUUGCUACAAGCUUGUUGCAUGUCAUCAACUUGUUACGAGCAGACGAUGUCAGACUCGUUGAAACAAAUUGUUGCGUGCCUGUUGGUUUCAUCAACCUUGUUACAAGAUGAAACAACUUGUUCCGGACAAAAUGAUUCUGUAAGCCGUUCUUCAAAGGUGCUUGAAAGAAACAAAAUAUAAAUAAGGUUUAUAUAUACUUUAACUUACUUCUGCAGAUCAAAAUACGAGACGCCACAAUGGCCCGUGGCGAACGCGUCAUGAUUCAAGCAUGGGUUCACAGAAUAAGACGACAAGGUACUGCAUUUACUUUGCUUCCACAGACUAUGCUUAAUUUUAAUUCAUUCACAGUAUAAAUAAAUAAUUUCCCGAUGUUUGUUUUCAAGGAAAGAUAUUGAUGUUUCUUGUUUUAAGAGAUGGUACAGGUUUUCUUCAAUGUGUUUUAUCUGACGAACUG